GAGCCCAACCUCCCGUCCCCCAUUCCCCUUCUCCAUCUCAUCUCACUCCCAACACUCUCUCUCCUCGCUGCCGCUGCCGCCGCCGCCGCCGCCGCCGCCGCACACACGCGCCGGAAAUGAAGAAGAUCUUUGGAGCCAAGAAGAGCAAGGACCCGCCCCCAUCCAUCCAGGACGCUACCGAACGAAUCAACAAGAGGGGGGAGAGCGUGGACGACAAGAUCAAGAAGCUGGACGAAGAGCUCGGCCGUUACAAGGAGCAGAUCAGGAAGACACGCCCUGGACCCUCCCAGGACGCCAUUAAGGCCCGCGCCAUCAGGCUUCUCAAGCACAAGCGCAUGUACGAAGAACAGCGCAACAUGCUCUACAACCAGACCUAUAAUCUCGACCAAGUCGCUUUCGCUGCCGAUGGCCUCAAAGACGCUCAGCAGACCAUGAAUGCCAUGAAGGCCGCCAAUAAAGAGCUCAAGGGAAUGAUGAAGACAGUCAAGAUUGAGGACAUCGAUAAUAUGCAAGAUGAAAUGACUGACCUGAUGGAUGUGAGCAACGAAAUACAAGAAUCCCUUGGUAGAAGCUACAACAUCCCUGACGAUGUUGAUGAGGAAGAACUAAUGGGAGAACUGGAUGCUUUGGAGGCUGAUAUGGAGUUUGAGUCAAGUGCAGUCCCAUCGUAUCUUCAACCAGACAAGGAAUCCGAUUUCGAUGCAGAGCUUAAUUUGCCAGCUGCACCUACCGCUCCUGCAGCAGUCCCAGUAAGCAGGCAGCAGGUGGAUGAGCUAGGAUUGCCAGCAGUCCCUCGAGCAUCAAUCCGCAGUUAGAACAGUAAUUCAUGUACCUUUGCUUGUGAUUGGCAUUGACGUGAGAACCCAUUGCUAUGCAAUUGCAGUUGAACAAUUAAUCUGUGUAUGUGUUUCUCUUCAUGAGUCGCCUUGAUUUGUUAAACCGAGCUUGCAGUCUUAUAUCUUCCACUCUGCCUUUUAGAAAAGGGGAUUUCGAGUUGUGAUGGGUUGAGGUUGAUUAGAUGCAUCAUAUGAUGCUUUGUCGGUGGUGGUGGUUCUUUCAAUUUGGAAUACUGUCCUAGUGUCAUUGGAAGCGUGCUUGGUUGCAAGUACAACAUCAA